CAUGGAAAACGACUCAAGGUGCUUGCACAACAUCGUGGCGUCUCUAUAUAAGCCAGCCACCUCAGCUUCCAGUACCAGUCGGUGCUUGGCUCUCACCUGACCCUCACCUGCAGAGGCCGAAACUCCUUGCCCGGGUUCCUUCCUGUGUCCGCCAUGCGUCUCGUGGUCUGCCUGGUCUUCCUGGCCUCCUUCGCCCUGGUCUGCCAAGCCCAAGGGUACCAGGGUGGUUACACACGCCCGUUCCCCAGACCACCCUAUGGGGGAGGAUAUCAUCCAGUUCCUGUUUGUACUUCAUGCCACAGGCUUAGCCCCUUACAAGCUCGUGCUUGCUGCAGGCAGUUAAGACGUUGUUGUGAUGCAAAGCAGACAUAUGGUUGAUGGAGAAGACAACGAAAAACUGACUUCACAAUGUAUUAAUCAGUUGUGAAGAAAGUGCAACCCUGAUUUUGAACUGUAUUUUCUAGUUCCAUUUUCUUACUUUUGCUUGUGGAAAGGAUGUAGGUAUUUGGAUUUUCCAUGAAUGUAUGAUGAAUGAAAGUGCAUGUGGGAUGUAUGUGCAUACAGUCGUAUUUGUCCCAGCAGGUCCUCGUGUAUUCACAGGAGAAAGAUAUCCUGUUGUUUGACUUUCGUUGUAGUUAUUUGUAGGUAUGGGUCUGUGUGUGGUUGGUGUUUGCAUAUUUCCCAAAGGACAUUCGGAAUUGUACUACUCUUUUACAAAUAAAAUUGAUAUCUGUG